AUGUCCGCUGCCAACCGAAACGUCGUUCUUUCCUCCACACAGGUAAUAAUUCAAAUUCUACAAAAUCUCCUGUGUCCAACUGAAAAAAUUUCAGAGAACUCGCCUCGAAGCGAUGGUGCGAGGACCAAUCGAGGUCGAUCCGGUGGUCGAAGCGCCGCUGACCGUCCCCUCGUUCACGACGUCCAUCCUGGUGGUACUCCAGAUGUUAAUUGCAAUGCUGAGGUACGAUUUUUCUUUUCCCAUUUUCGAUUCAAGCGCGCUUGAUGCUAUCUGAUGUACAAUGAAUUAUAGUUUUUUUAAAGAGAGGUUGCCGUGGACGUAUCGGCCAUCCACCUCAUUGGAGGCGCCGCUACUCACGUGGUGUGCCCGAAGAUCAAUCAUGCGGAUUACGACAUUGAAGUCAGCGUCCAAAUGCAAGGAAAUGAGGAUCAAGAGAUGUUUGCCGCAAUCCUCAACGUAUGCUUCAAGAUGAUCCGUGAGCUGUCAGGAUCCGACUGCCAUUUUAAUUAUGUGGCAAACAAGUUUGUGGUGAGAUAACAUAGAACUCUUUGACGUUUAUAAUUAUGUUUAUUUCCAGCACCCGGAGAGACUAUGGUCGUUGAUUUCGUUGAACAACAAGUCCGGAAAGACGCUUGACCUGAAGUUCGUCGCCCACCCGAGCCGCUCAUAUCAAUUCUCCAUCGAUUCCCUCGUCAUUGGUCUCCUCCCGAUCGUCGAAGGAAUCGAUGGAGAAAUUGAUAUCAGCUCCAAGUUUUCCGAUGUGGAAAUUGUAAGCUGCUAGCUUGAUUAUCCUUCCACAAUUAUAGUUUCAGGUCAUCAGCCACAUCCAACAGAAGAUCAUUGACACACGGGACCCGCAGACCAUCUAUCUUGGAGGACUCAUGAAGCUGGUGGUCUUGCAGCAACGUGGCUUUAUUAUUCAAAAGCCAAAAAAUGAAAAAAAAAAUAUGCUGAAGUUAGUUUUGAUUCUUAUUUAUUAGUGUUACCUCUCUCUCUCUCUCUCUUUUCUAUGUUGAUCUCUAACGCUAAACUGUUUUCAGCAAGAUCACAACACGUUUUCUGAUUGAUUACGAGAACGCAAUGGAAGAUGUUAUUGAAAUGGACGAUACUUUUGAUCAAACGAACCCUUUAUGGAAGUUUCUAAAGAACCAUUUGGGCGACGUCGAAACAACGACGGACAACUCAAAGAAGGCUGUCAUCUUGCAGAAGUAUGAAGAGUAUCUAAGGACGAUGAAGAGAACAAUAACUGAAAGCCGAGCGAACGAAAGACAAAUUUCAAGGAAGAUGUUCGUUUUGAAACUGGAGAUGAUGGCGGAAGUGGUAAGCGUUUGUAAUCAGUUUUUAUUACGAUAAUCUCGUUUUUCAGUUUCGAAGAGAAAGAGAAGCGAUUCCGUUCGCUGUCUCCGAAGACGACUUCCCGCGACUAUAG